AUGUGGCUCCAAAGGUGUUGUCUGUUUGCCGUGUUGUUAACAUUAUGUGCGUCUGCCGACGACUCAAUGCCCUGGCGAUGGGUGUGCGAAGACAACAAGUGUAUCAAGACCCGCAAUGAUCCUCAGAACAAGGAACCCGUCCUCAGCAUGGAAGCUUGCAAGAUGUUCUGUGGUAAUUACGGCCUACUAUGGCCGCAGCCGACUGGAGGAGCAGAUUUGGGCAACUUCUUGUCUAAGAUCAACAUUAAUAAUGUGGAGGUGAAGAUGGUUAAUGGAGGACGGUCAGCCGAUGUCAUGAAGGAGGCUGGUGACAGAUUCAAGAGUUUGUUAUCAAAGGCGAUACCUAAGGGUAUAUCUCCGAAAUCGACAGGGAAAGCAGUGACUGUGUUGCUUGACAAUGAAAAACCUGAUGUCAAAGAAUUUUCCUUGGACAUGGACGAGAGCUACAGCAUCCGUGUCCAAGCGAUGGGCGACAGAAUCAACGCUACCAUCAAGGGAGGCUCGUUCUUCGGAGUGAGACACGGACUUGAGACUCUAUCGCAACUCAUAGUCUACGAUGACAUUAGGAACCAUAUGCUGAUCGUUCGAGAUGUGACCAUCAAUGACAAGCCUGCGUACCCCUACCGAGGCGUCCUCCUUGACACGGCACGCAACUUCUACACAAUCGACGCCAUCAAGGCUACCAUCGAUGCGAUGGCUGCUGUGAAGCUGAACACCUUCCAUUGGCACAUCACUGACAGUCAGAGCUUCCCCUUCGAAGUCAGUAAGAGGCCUCAUCUGUCCAAGCUUGGAGCCUACUCCCCAGCUAAGGUGUACACAAAGGAAGCCAUACAAGAAGUGGUGGAGUAUGCUUUAGUGCGCGGUGUGCGCGUGUUGCCAGAGUUCGAUGCGCCUGCGCACGUUGGCGAGGGCUGGCAGGAUACCGGCCUUACUGUCUGUUUCAAGGCCGAACCAUGGCAAAAAUACUGCGUGGAACCUCCUUGUGGACAGCUGAACCCAACUCGCGAGGAGUUAUAUGAACAUCUCGAAGACAUCUACACAGAAAUGGCUGGCGUGUUCCAGCCGGAUAUGUUCCACAUGGGAGGUGAUGAGGUCAGUGAGAAGUGCUGGAACUCUUCAGAAGAAAUCCAAAACUUUAUGAUCCAGAAUAGAUGGGAUCUGAAUUCCCCCAGCUUCUUGAAACUUUGGAACUAUUUCCAGAAGAAGGCUCAAGACAAGGCUAAUAAGGCAUUUGGAAAGAAACUACCUCUAAUCCUAUGGACCAGCACAUUGACAGACUACAAAACUAUCGACCAGUAUCUAGACAAUGAAGACUACAUUAUUCAGGUGUGGACAACUGGAGUGGACCCUCAGGUUAAAGGACUUCUGAAGAAGGGCUACCGACUCAUCAUGUCUAACUACGAUGCUCUGUACUUUGAUUGCGGAUUCGGAGCCUGGGUUGGCCAAGGUAACAACUGGUGUUCCCCGUACAUCGGCUGGCAAAAGGUGUACGAUAACAGUCCAGCUGCUAUCGCUGGAGAACACAAGCAUUUGAUUCUUGGCGGCGAGGCGGCGCUGUGGUCGGAGCAGUCUGACUCGGCGACGCUGGAGUCCCGGCUGUGGCCGCGCGCCGCCGCGCUCGCCGAGCGACUGUGGGCCGAGCCCGCCGCCUCCUGGAGGGACGCCGAGCACCGCAUGCUGCACAUACGAGAACGUUUGGUCCGCAUGGGUAUCCAGGCUGACUCGUUGGAGCCGGAAUGGUGUUACCAGAACGAGGGCGACUGCUACGCGUGA